UAUGCCUCAAGUAAUGGGCCAUCAACAGAAUAAACAAAUCGACAUAAACGUUCUUCUAACUCGUAGUUUUCAACGUAUGGAAAAAUGUGGAAGGAUUAAUAAACUAGCUGAAAAAAAGUUAAAUAAUGAAAAAGGUUAUAUGCUUAAAUGUCAAGAACAUGUAGAAAAAGUCGUCGAUAAACAAGUAGAAGCAGUUGUUGAUGAGAUAACUCAUUAUGACUUAUUGAAGAGUAAACAAGUGAGACCAUUGGUUGUUGUUGAUAGUGUUAUUCAAAUACCUAAAAUAAAACGGCAUAAAGAGAAAGUUAGUGAAGAACAGCCAAAAGAAAUAAAAGAAAAACCAGGCAAUAUACAAGGUAAACAAAAUGAGUUAAUUGCUUUUAAAUAG